AACCUGUCUGCGUUGUCGUUGUUGCCGUACUCAUUUCGGAUGGUUUGAUCGUUUGUAGCCCUGUGUAUGACCAUUUGGACCAUGAGCCUUCGGAGGGCCUUUUUCCGGGUGAUUUUAGCCUUGGUGGUGUCAUCAGUAAUGCUGAUUGAAAGCAAAUCAACAAUGGAACAGAUGGCGAAGGCUAGUGAAAUGAUGAGAACCGUUUGCAUCGGAAAGUUCAAGCCCACGGUGGAAGAAGUGGAUGGACUUGGUCGGGGAGAAUUCGCCGAAAGCAAGGAAGUCAAGUGCUACGCAAACUGUGUGCUCGAAAUGAUGCAAGCGAUUCGUAAAGGAAAGGUUAACGCUGAUGCCGCGAUAAAACAAAUUGACAUGCUGAUCCCGCCGGAAAUUGGUGAACCAACGAAGGCUGCUUUUGACACUUGCCGAACUUCGGCCGAUGGGAUCAAGAAUAACUGCGAUGCCGCCUACGCUCUGGUAAAAUGCCUUCACAAAAAUAACCCGAAAUAUUUCUUCGCCUAGUUGCACCCUCCGUUUUGCGUCUGUGGUUCUGUAUGUAUGACUAAUGUAAAUAACUUCCGCAAUAAAUACACCAGCAAAUGAAAACAAUAAUGACACAAA